AUGAUAGGAGAGAAGUUGUUAUUGCCCAUACUACUAAUGUCUGUGCUGAGGUUACUGACACUACAGACAUCGUAUGGACAGCAGUUUGCAGAGGAGUCCUGCACUGUUCAAAUCCUUGUCCCUGGACUCAAAGGAGAACCAGGCGAGAAAGGACUAAAAGGAGCACCAGGGAGACCAGGAAGACUCGGUCCAGCUGGAGAUAUUGGUCAUAAUGGGAUUAAAGGUCAGAAAGGCAUAAUGGGACGUUAUGGAAAAGUGGGCCCAAGUGGUUGGAAAGGGGUAAAGGGUGACAUGGGGGAUGCAGGUCCACAAGGCCCUAAUGGAGAUCCAGGUGUUCCAUGUGAGUGCACAUCAAUGAGAAAGACGAUUGGAGAAAUGGACAUUCUUGUGGCACAGCUCUCCUCUGAACUGAAAUUCAUAAAAAAUGCUGUUGCUGGCAUAAAAGAGACGGACAGUAAGGUCUAUCUGUUGGUGAAGGAGGAGAAACGCUACUCCGACGCUGAAGUCUACUGCCAGACGAGGGGAGGGCACCUGGCCAUGCCCAAAGACGAGGGAGCCAACGCGGCCAUCGCAGGGUACAUAACGGAUGCCGGCCUAAACCGAGUCUACAUUGGCAUUCAUGACACGCACCAGGAGGGUGUCUUCACCUACGUGGAUCUCUCUGCCAUGACCACUUUCAGCAAAUGGAGGAAGGGAGAGCCCAACAACGCGUAUGAUGAUGAAGACUGUGUUGAGAUGGUAGCCUCUGGGGAGUGGACGGAUGUGGCCUGCAACCCUACCAUGUAUUUUGUUUGUGAAUUUGACAAGGACAGUGUCUGA